AUGUCUUCGAAGAAUACAAUGGAUUCCACCGAACAAUUCAAGGUGACCUCUCCAGGAUCGAGCCCCGAUGUCGUGUUCAAGGCUCUCCCCGAAGAACCCAAGAGCAAGGGUAAGAUCAAGAAGAGCAAGGGUAAGGGUAAGAGCAAGGAAAAGGGCAAGAGCAAGGCCGAAGGCAAGGAAAAGGAGAAGGUCAUCUCCCAGGCUGAUGCUGAACUCUGCAUCGAGCUCCUCGUUACCGCUGCCCAGCAGGGAGGCACUGCCAUCCGCCCCGACUGGUCUGCCCUCGCUACCAAGCUUGGCAUUGCCAGUGGUCCUGCUGCUGCCAAGCGGGUCGAGCGACUCUUGAACCGUUACGAAUACCGCUUGAGUGACAUUACUGGCGGCAAGGGCCGUGGCUCGGCUUCCAAGGCCGAUGCCAACUCUCCUGCCACGCCUUCAAGCCGCAAGCGCAAGGAAAAGGUUCAGGCCGGCCCCUCGGGUGAGGGUGAUGACGAGGAUGAUUCCCCCUCUAAGCGUGCCGCCGUCGCCCGAAACUCCAAGAAAGUUGGCUCGACUACUUUCAAGGUCGCAUCUGGUACUGGAAGCCGGCACGCGUAUCCCACGAUGCAAUUUCUCGACCACGGACAAAUUCCCCAGAGCAAAGAUAAACUCACAGUCAUGGCCGCUCUCAUAAACUCUCAAGCCUUGGAGGAGUUGAAAGGGCUUUACUCGGGCGAGGAGCGAAAGUACCACGGCCUCGGGCACAUUUCCGCGUUGCUCGCCCUCCUCCAGCAGCACAAGGCGCACUUCACGGACCCUGACGCCGUCGAAGCAGCGAUAUGGUUCCACGACGCAAUCUACGAUUCCAAAGCUUCGGACAACGAGGUAAAGAGCGCUGAGCUCGCCUCGGUGCGACUAGCAAACUCGACACCCCGACUGGCCCAGGAUAGAAUUCGCCGCGUCGCCGUCAUGAUUGAAGCGACGGCCGCGCACAAGGUUCCGCACUUUGACCAGCCGGCGUUCGUCUCGGACGCUGAAAUGUUCCUCGACAUGGACCUCAGCAUUUUGGGGGCCGAAGAGGACGCGUUUGAGCAGUACGAGGCGGCGGUACGGCAAGAGUACGGCUGGGUGAGCGACGAGGGUUGGAGGACGGGGCGCUUAGCUGUGCUCAAGUCCUUUGCGGACCGGCCCGCCAUCUUCUACUCUCGGGUGUUUCGAGACUUGUUUGAGCAAAGAGCAAGGCGGAAUAUCGCCAGAUCGAUAGAGAGGCUUAGCGUGGGAGAGGCUACACCAUCAGCUGAUACAAUUUCCUGA